CACCCCAAGCGUGGAUCUCGCCUCAUUCAGUGACCAGGCACCGACCUGACAUGGUCUCCGACCCCAACGGGAGGAUCGAACUCUGAUUCACAGGUGUUGUUCAAGUGACUGGUGAUUGAGAAUGAUAACGACCGCAGAAUCACGGAUCACCGCCCCUCAGCAAGUCUCACAACCUAGUAAGUUCUAUCAGCGUGGAUGGUUUGGUUAGAAGCAUGCUGUACAGUUGACAGGUCACAAAAUGGAAACAAAGACUGGUACCCAAGAGUGCGCAGGCUGCGGUAAACCAAUUUCAGAAAGCAGGUACAUGCUGAAGGCGCUGGACCUUUACUGGCACGAAGACUGUCUGAAAUGCGGCUGCUGCGAUUGCAGGCUCGGCGAAGUAGGCUCCACACUGUAUACCAAAGCGAAUCUCAUACUCUGCCGGAGAGACUAUCUCAGACUGUUCGGAAGCACGGGUUACUGCUCGGCUUGCUCCAAAGUGAUACCUGCCUUCGAAAUGGUAAUGAGGGCGAGGACGAACGUCUACCACUUGGAAUGCUUCGCCUGCCAGCAGUGCAAUCACAGAUUUUGUGUCGGUGAUCGAUUCUACUUGUGCGAUAAUAAAAUCUUAUGUGAAUACGACUACGAGGAAAGGCUUGUGUUCGCCAACAUGGCCUACAACCCCAACCAACUGGCUCAACUCAAACGGCAGGCCAACGGUCAAAUACCUUCGCCUUCUCUGCCGCCUGCGCAAGUAAGGAGUAUAGGCUCAGGCGACCUCAACAACAACAUGUCGCAACAACAAACUGCCAUCAAAGCACCAAACAGCUGAUAGCAGAAUCCUCCAAGCUUCAUUCACCCCUGGAACUAAAGUCUACCUUUGAGUUACCUCUGUACAGUUGUUAUUGUGGAUAUAUAUGCAUAUAUAUUUGUGAUAGUUAUUUUUUUCUCUCAAACACAAAGAUUAUGGAGUGAUAAAUCAGUGUUUUUUGUUUGUGUUUUAUUUCCCGCAGUUAUUGACAUUGUUGUAAAUAGUAAUUUUAAGUGUUUCUAGGGUACUGAGCCAAAAAAAUACCACCUCCCUACUUCCAAGCAUAAGUAUUAAAUUUUAGAAAAAAAAGUAUAUGUCUUAGUUUUACAAAAAUUAUAAAACAUUACAACAUUUUGUAAAUAAA